GACAUCCUGUCUCCAAAGGGGAACUGGCAGCAGCUCUCCUGCCACUCCCUGUCCCCACUGCUGCAGUUUCGCUGUCCCCACACUAAUUCUACCUCAUGGCAUCAAUGGCGCUGGCCCUCAUCCUGGGUUGGUGUCUGGUGGCAGCGAGCAGAGCUCAGCGGCUGCCCCGACCCUCCCUGUCACUGCACCCAAGCCAGGGCGUGUACCUAGGGGACCCUGUCACCCUGCGGUGCCACCUGCCCCCGCCAGCUGCCCAGGUCUGGCUGAACCAGGACAGAGGUUGGACAUACACCAAAGGAAAGGACAAGGAUCAGGACGUGGUCGAGUUCUUCUUUCUUAGCACAAAACAGGGACACACAGGUGCAUAUCAGUGCCAGUACCGGAUGUCUGAGUCAGAGGAGAAAUCGGAGAAGAGUGACCCCGUGGAGCUGGUGGUGACAGAUCACAGCUUUCCACCACCUGGCAUCUCCCUUCGACCAAAGGAACAUGUGGGGACAGGAACCAAUGUCACCAUCCACUGCUGGAACAAGGACUAUGGGGCCUCCUUCCUCCUGCACAAGGAUGGGCGCUCAGCCCCUAUCCAACGCCAGAAUCCAGAUGCUGGGGGCACGGCCAACUUCAUCCUCCUUGGGGUGACCCCAGCUGAUGCUGGUACCUACAGAUGCUCCUACUACCCCAAAGACUACCCCUUUGUUUCCUCACGUCUUGGGAGCAGCGUGACACUGGAGGUGACACCCACACCCGCAACCCCAGGUACUGAGGAGCGGUCCAGUGUGAGUCUAGUGAUAGCACUGCUGAGGGUCAUGGUCGCUGCACUUGUCUUCGGCCUUGGAGUCUUCUUUGUCAUUGAUGGCCGCAGCCUCUGGAUACAGAGAGAUGAGAGCUGUGGUGAGGAAGGGGUUAAAUGUCUCCCACCCCCUAUAGAUCCCCCCAGUGUCCCCUGCCCGCCCUUCUAUCCCAUAUCGAUCCUCCCAGGUGUACCUUCCUGCCCCUUGAUCCCCUAUAGAUACCCUCUAGGGCUCUUCGUAUGUGACCCAAGGCCCCUCCAUAACCCCAGUCUUCCCCACUCCACCGUAUGACACAGUUGCCCCUCAUAAUGCCUGACACCGUGCAGUUCCAGGUCAUUGUCUGGGUCAGGGGACCCAAAUCGCAACCUGCCCCUUGGGGC